UUUAGCGCUCUCUCUCUCUCUACUUGUAUGGUUCUGUAUCUCUACACAUAUAUAUACACACAUAUAUUUGUUUUGGUUAUUUUGAUGACAUCUGAGAGUUUGAUCAGAUAUGGCCGAAGGGACUUACGUGAAGCUAACCCCGGACCAAGCGUCAUUGCAGAGUAUCACGCCAGGAGAGCUCUAUCAACCCAUUGAUGUUGCUCAGUUGACUGCUCGUAGAUGUCAAGAAUGUGGACAAACACUUCCUCCAACCUAUCAACCCCCGGCUGAUGAAGAUUGGUCAACUGGAAUUUUUGGGUGUACUGAAGAUACCGACAGUUGCUUGACUGGACUAUUCUGCCCAUGUGUCUUAUUUGGACGUAACGUUGAAAACUUGAAUGCUGAUAUCUCUCAGAGGGCUGCCUGUGUUGGUCAUAUCAUAUGUGUGGAAGGUGGUAUGACAUUUGCUGCAUUGACAUCAGUUCUUAAUGGCAUUGAUCCACAGACAUUAUUUCUCAUUUAUGAGGGUCUGUUCUUUGCUUGGUGGAUGUGUGGAAUCUAUACCAGCAUGGCUCGGCAAUCAUUGCAAAAAAAGUAUCAUCUAAAGGACUCUCCAUGUGACCCAUGCAUGGUGCACUGUUGUUUACAUUGGUGUGCUGUGUGUCAAGAGCACCGAGAGAUGAAGGGGCAUCUAACUGAUAAUACUGCUGCUAUAGAAACUAUUGUGAACCCUCCGCCAGUACAAGAGAUGAAUGCCGCCAAUCAGACCAAGGAGUCUCCAUCUUCCUCCGAAAAUGGCACUGGACAUACUAACUUGGAGCUCCAACCUAUCUAGAAACUGUCAUCUGUUAGAGAGGUUAAAGAAAUUUAAUUUGGAUUAAUUCAUUCAAAACUUUGGAUGUUUACUUUCAUGAGAGUGGAAAAUUCAUUUGUCAAAACUGAUAACAAUGUUUAUUUGAUCAAACAAAUGUUUUCAAGUGGUGAGAUGUUGUUGCCAAAUUUUCAAUUACAUAACGGA